AUGGCUCCUACUAAAUUGGAGAUCAAGGUUAAUGUUGUGAAACGACUUUUGAAAGAGUCGAAACUAUAUGACGAGGAAGCUUCCGACCAAGAGAAAGCUCUCUCUGAUAUGAAGGAAAGACAUGAAGAUCCAUACUUGAUUCAUAAACAAGAAGUGCUUUUGAAGGAAGCCCAAAUGAUGAUCACUGAAAUAAGGAAAAAGGUUGAAGAUCAGAGAACUAAUCUCGCAAAGUACUUAGACAACUACGACGGUGAUGAAGAUACCAGUGAAGCUAGAGCAUUGAUCGGGGUAAACUGA